AUGCUCAACUCUAGCUUUCAUGAUGGAGGAAGGAUUGUGAUUGCAUGGAAGUCUGGAUGUUUUAAUGUAAAUAUAGUGGCUGCUUCUAGUCAGUUUGUGCAUUGCCAUGUUACUCCAGUCAGUGGCAUGCAUAGCUUUUAUUGCACUUUUGUUUAUGAUUUUAAUAAUCCUAAUUUGAGACAGGAGUUGUGGAGGGAUUUAGGAUUACUUAACACUCAGGAUCCAUGGAUUCUGUGUGGUGAUUUUAAUAGUGUGAUGGCAGUUGAUGAAAGAAUUGGGGCCCCUGUCAGACAGAGUGAUAUUGUUGAUAUAAGUAAUUGCUUUCACAACUGUGGAAUGGAGGAUAUCAAAAGUGUGGGGAAUUUCUUCACAUGGAAUAACAAGCAGCAAGGCACUAAUAGGGUUUUCUCAAAAAUAGACAGAUUCAUGGCCAAUCAAGCAUGGCAAGGAAUCUUUCCAGCUGCUGAAGUUUGCUUCAUGCCUGAAGGUCAUUUUGAUCACUCACCUGGUCUUUUGACAGUGUAUCCUAGGAGUGAUGGAGGGAGGAAACCAUUCAAGUACUUUACAAUGUGGAAGAGUUCUCCUGUGUUUUCUGAAACUGUCAAGAAGGCUUGGAGUAGUCACAUAGAUGGAACUGCAGAUCUAAAGGCCUAUCAGGAAAUGGUGAAUGCUCAAAGUGCAUUACAUAGCAAUCCUACUGAUGCAAGUGUAGCUGAUGCUGAGCUGAAAGCUAUACAAGAAUAUAAAGAAAAACAUAAGGCAUACUUGGCAUUCUUAAGUCAAAAAGCUAAAGUUAAUUGGCUUAAAGAAGGAGAUGAAAAUACUGCUCUAUUUCAUCAAAGCAUCAAAGCUAGAAGAGUUCAAAAUCAAGUUUAA